AUGGCAUCCGCUUACAGUUUAGAACAGCUCCAACAGUUCCUAACUCACAUCGGUUUACCUGAGCGCCUCCGCCAUGAACCGCCUUCGUUGAGUCUUUUAAAGGCUUUACAUGUGCACACCCUAUCAACGCUUCCAUAUGAGAACCUUUCACUUCACUACAAUGCCGCUCAUCAGAUUGAGCUAGACCCUCAACAUCUCUUCCGAAAGAUUGUAACAGAUAACCGGGGUCGAGGUGGAUUUUGCAUGGAAAUCGCCAUCCUCUACAACCACAUUCUCCGGGCUAUCGGCUUCGAUGCUUAUACUGCGGGUGUUAGGACGAGGGGAAGGCUUGAGGGCGUUCCGCGAGGAGACUAUCCCGGCUGGAACCACAUCGUCAACAUAAUUACUUUCCCCGACGGUAGCAAAUACCAUGCUGAUGUUGCAUUCGGGGGUGAUGGCGCAUUGUUUCCAAUGCCUCUUAUCGACGGCUUGGUCCAUCAGAAUCUAGGAACCCAGCAAAUCCGAUUAGUCCGAGACUGGAUCCCUCACCAGGUGCAUCGAGCUGAAGAUACAAAGCUAUGGAUCUACCAAUACCGAAACGGCGUCGACAAAGACUGGAAUUCGUUUUACUCCUUCCCGGGGAUCGAGUUCUACGCAUUAGACUGGGGCGUCGUCAACUUUUGGAUCGGAGCGCAUCCCGACAGCCAUCAGAGAUUCAACAUGCUGACCAUCAAGUUUCUUCGGAGGCUGAAGGAGGGUGAAGGUAACAAGGACGAAUACGAGAUCUACGGCAAGCGGAUGCUCGUCAACGGUGUGGUAAAGGAAAACCUAGGCGGCAGGACUCAGGUCGUUGCGAAAUGCAAGUCAGAAGCGGAACGGGUAGAGGCAUUAGAGAGGUACUUUUCCAUUGUGCUAGAAGCAGAUGAAAAGCAAGGCAUCCGAGGUUAUUUUUCUGAACUCCGAUAG